AUGGCGUCUCUUCGACACUCGGCCUCGGUCGCUUCGACCGUGUGCAAGCAGAGCGCCAACUCCCGUCUGACCCAGUCCGUGGCUUCCGUGCAGACAUCUAGCCUGUCUUCCAUAUUUACACGGCCUACAUCUUGUAACCAUACUGCGCUAGUUGCCGUGGUCAUGGCUUGUGGCAGUCCAGCUUCUCCCCGCUCAUCUACCUACAACUCUCAAACGCGCACGUUCCUGACGCACCUCCACCGCCAAGCCCAAGCGAUUAAAGAGCAACCCAUCUCGUCCUCGACCCCAUUUCCCCAGCAGACUGCGCGAGCCACCCCCUCUCUCCAACUCAACAACCUCCCCUACUUCAUCCGCCGUACUGGCUCCAACCAGCUGCCUGUCUACCUUGUCACAAAAGCCGGCGGCACCAAGCAGCUUACCAAGAUCCAAAAGACCGAGGGUGAUCUGGAUGCUCUACGCGAGGACCUGGCACAGGCCCUGGGCGUUGACCUGCGGAGUUCGGACGUGAGCAUUAAUCGCCUGACAGGCCAUAUCAUUGUUAAGGGCUGGCGCAAAACCGAAAUCCUGAAGUUCCUGCAGGAGCGGAACUUUUAA